AUGGCGCGCCCGACUGCCUCGAGCUCGGCCCCGGCUUCGGCCGCUCGCAAUGGCACUGCAAAGAGGAAGCGCAAUGUCCCUAUACCUGCCGCCACUACAUCUACCCCACCCAUCACAAGAGCACCCGCACCAGCUAAGGGCAAGUCGAAGGCUCUCGAGCUCGAUCUCGGUAACUCCGACGACGACGAAGCAGCCGGGCUCGGCUUGGCUUCUGAUGACGACGAAGAUGAAGAAGCACUAGCAUCAGAUAAUGGAUCUGACGAUGAUGCUCAGGACGAGUUCCCCGAAAUCGACCUCGAGGCGAGCGACGAUGAGGACGCAGCAGACAGCGAAGAUCAUGACGAGGAGGAUGCGGACGACGAGUCUGUGGAGCUUCAGGACAGUCAGGCGGAUGAGGAGGGCGAAUCUUCCGAACAAGGCUACAACUCGUCGGACAUCGACAAUUCCGACUUUGACGAAGACGACGACGAGGGCGAUCUCGCCUACGAUUCAGCGGACGAGGAAGCGCGUGCCUCUGCCUUCGCCGCCCGCAGCGACGCUUCGCAGACCAGCAUCGACGAAGAGCUCUCGCGCAUGAUGGUACGCUACUCUUCGAAGCCCGACGAGCAGUCCGGCUCGCUUUCCGCCACCAACAAGCUCGGCAUUCCACGUUCGCAAGCAGCACAGGCCUUCGACCUGCGGGUUCGCAACCCGGAUGGCUCGGCAAAGGGCGUCUUCAAGCGCAGCGAGAUCACCGGAGAGAUGAAGCGGGUCUACCCCGAGAUCGACGCAGAGUACGACUCGGACAGCAGCACGGAGAACGCAGAGAACCGAAUUGGCAAUGUGCCACUCGAGUGGUAUGACGACCUUCCUCACAUCGGCUACGACAUCAACGGACGCAAGGUCAUGAAGCCAGCCACCAAGGACGAGCUCGAAAAGUUCCUCGACACAGUCGACGGUGAUGGAGAGGCGUGGUUCUCGGCUCGCGACAACUCGACCGGCAAAGACGUUCGAUUGUCAGACGAGGAGCUCGCCAUCAUCCGCAAGCUUCAGAACGCAGAAAUUCCUGACGACGCCUAUGACCCGUAUGAGGACUACGUCGACUGGUUCACCGGCGAGGACAAGGUCAUGCAGACCGCGCUCUCUGGUCGACCCGAGCCCAAGUCUCGAUUCGUGCCCUCCAAAUGGGAGCACAAGAAGGUCAUGAAGAUCGUGCGAGCUAUUCGCGAAGGUCGCAUCAUCCCGGGAGCGGCUGCCAAGAAGGACACCAAGCCCAGGUUCUACAACAUCUGGGCCGACGCUGACGAGAACGACACUCGCAGUCCGUGGGCUGUCAUGGCCGCACCCAAGCUGGCCCUCCCCGGUCACGCCGAGUCGUACAACCCACCCGCAGAGUACCUAUUCAACGAGCAAGAACGCAAAGACUGGGAGGAGGCCGAGCCGGAAGACCGCAAGCAGAACUUCCUUCCCGCCAAGGCUGAUUCGUUACGCCGUGUUGGCGCGUAUCAGAACUUUGUACAGGAGCGCUUUGAGCGAUGUCUGGAUCUGUACCUGGCGCCGAGGAUGAUGCGCAAGAAGCUCGACAUCCACAACCCGGAGAACCUGCUGCCCAAGUUGCCAUCGCCCAAGGAGCUCAGGCCAUUCCCAACGACGACGAGCGUGGUGUACGCGCAUCCGGACGGCGGCAGGGUGCGAUGCCUUUCGGUCGACCCGACGGGCCACUGGCUUGUUACGGGUGGUGACGACGGUCGCGCCCGACUAUGGGACGUUGCCAUCGGCCGAUGCACCGCGUCGUGGGAUGUAUGCGAAGGCAUGCCCAAAGCGGAACGUUCCGCGGUCCACUCGAUCGCCUGGUGCCCGACGCGAAACUACUCGCUCUUCGCUGCCGCCGUUCACGGUCGCAUCGCCAUCAUCGCGCCACCGCAAACCCAGAACUAUGCAAAGACGUCGGCCAACGCCAUCUCGUCGAAGUCUGCCUCGUCCGCUUCUGGCUCGACAGCCACGUCCACCGCCUCGUUCCUCUACGCGACCGCUGCAGCGGCGACGUCGAUGCCGAGCAAGCCCGACGCCCGCUCUCCCGUCGCCUGGACGCGCCCUGCUGAACCUGACCGUCGCGCCGGUGUCGCGAUGCACCUCAACAUCACCUCGACCAACGCGAGCAACCUCAAGACCGUGGUGUGGCACAACAAGGGCGACUACUUUGCCACCGUCUGUCCCGAUUCCGCCGCCGGUGCGGCCGGGCUGUUGAUCCACCAACUGUCCAGGCACCGAUCGCAGUCGCCCUUCCGCAAAGCCUCUCGGGGGUCUUCGGUGCAGAAACUCGUCUUCCACCCUAGCAAGCCGUGGGUGUUUGUGGCGACGCAGCGCUAUGUCCGGGUGUAUGACCUGAUGGCCCAGUCGCUCGUCAAGACCCUCCAGUCGGGCUUCAAGUGGAUCUCGUCCCUCGACGUCCACCCUUCGGGAGACCACGUGAUCGUCGGUAGUUACGAUAAGAAGUUGGCUUGGUUCGACCUCGAUCUCUCCACCCGACCGUUCAAAGUGCUCAAGUACCACGCAAAGGCGGUUCGUGCGGUGCACUUUAGUACCGCAUGGAACCUUGUUGCGGAUGCAAGCGACGAUGGGACGUUGCAGCUGUUCUACGCCAAGGUGGGCAAGGAUUACGGGGAUAGUCUGACGCUGGUGCCGCUCAAAGUGCUGAGGGGUCACGAGGUGAGGAAUGGUUUGGGAGUGUUGGAUGUCAAGUGGCACCCGAACCAGCCGUGGUUGUUCUCUGCGGGGGCUGAUGGAAAUGCCGUCCUGUGGACCACUUGA